UAUCAACCACACUAGUUUAUAGAUCCAUAUCCAUAUCUUCUUUUUUAAUAUUUUAGUUUGUAAUAAUUUUAAGUUUAAUAAUUUCAUUAUACAAUUCUCAUAAAAUAAAUGGUUGUUCCUUAAGAAAAUAAGGAAGUGAAUUAACAUUUAAUUGAUAAUGUGUUCAAAAUACAGUCAAAGUUGCAAUGGACAAAGGAAUAAUUGAUCUUGGAGGAAUAAAGACAGUAUUGUUAAAGCAACAAAAAGAUGAUCAACGGAUAAAAAUUAAAAUAGAAUCACCUCUAGAUUUGACAAUCAAGCCUAUUUCAUCAAUCCAUGACAUGAGUAAUCACAGUCCAUUAAAAAAGCGGUAUCGCGAUGCUGAUAAUAUAGAAAACUUUAGCUGUGAUUUUAAUCGAAAAGAAAAUUCACCAAUUAAGAAGCGAUAUCGUGAAGAGAAUCAAACGGCAAAAAUUGAUCCUGUCGAAGAGAUCAAGCCAGAAAAAACUCCAAAAAGGAAAAGUUCAAAAUUAUCUGUAAAUUUAAAAGCGUCAAAAAAUCAUCCGAAAGCGAAUGUAAACGAAAAGGCCAGCAAAGCAAUAAGAAAAUUAAAGUUUGAUGAAUUUAGAUCGUCUCCAGUUUCAGGUACAAUAAUCAGGACAUUAGAUGAAAUCGAAGAGAAUGGUAUCCACGAGUCAGGUGACAUUGAUCCACAAUAUAACGUUGUUGAAAUCACCGAAGAGGCUAAAUGUGAACUUGCUCAAAUUAAAAAUGUUAUUGGGGCAUAUCAGUGUAAACUAUGCACAUUGGAAUUUGAGGAUGCUUUUCUAUUAGCGAUGCAUAGAUGCUCAUGCAUUGUUUUGAUAGACUAUCGAUGUCCAGAAUGCGGAAAAAAGUUUAAUUGUCCGGCGAAUUUAGCGUCUCAUAGACGAUGGCAUAAGCCUAGGGAUCAAAUCAAUAAAAAAAGCAAUUUAUCGGAAAGUGAGUCAUCAUAUUCGUGCAAAAUUUGUGGGAAAAAUUUUAAGCGUCAGGCGUAUUUGAAUAAACAUCUUGCCCUACACAACAAAAAAGUAGUUGCCGACAAAACAAUAUUUGCUCAAAAUGAUGAUUCUUUCAUGCAUAACACAAGCAGUACUCAUGAUAGUGCAGAUGUGCUGAUUCCACAAAGCGUGUAUACUUUUAAUCGUGAACCGUCACCGACAUCAUCAUACAAUAGUGAACAUGAUUUAAUUAUUGAUGAAAAUAGUAAUGCUUCAAGCAAUCGUUUUAUGAAUUCUGAUAGUGGUACAAGAAAUUUUCAAAUUAUUAGUUCUCAUUUUACCGAAGACGAAAGUAUCGCAAUAAGUGCUUUGACAAAUUUAAGAAAUAGUUCUUCAUGUUCUGUUAUACGUCACACAUUGACAAUUUAAAAAAAAAAUGAUUAGAGAUAUAAAACCUAUUUAUUUAGAGAAGAAAGUACUUUUAUCAUAGUUAUAGUUCAUGCAUGUAUAUAAAAUCUAUUUUUAAUUAAUUUAUUUUUAUAUGUACGUAUCUCAUUCAAUGUAAAGUUGAAAAGAGAAACGAAAGAUGAGUCACUUGCUAGUCAAAGCUUUAAUUCUUAAGGAAAAAUAUUUAUAGUAUGUAUGUACACCAUGCUAAGAUUUGUUUGAAUUCUUUCCAAUGGUAUUUGCGCAAUGGAGUUUCUUUUAUAAGAAUGUCUUUAAGUGCACGCCCAUUUUCUUGAACAACACAAAUACAAUUGUGUUGACUAUUGCCUGUUGCAGUCACAACCUUUAGAAUUUUAAUUUUUUUGUCCUUUUUAUUUUUAACUUUUUACUCUUUUCUUUAUAAUAACUACCUUGAAAAUCAUGAAUUAUGAAUUACAUGCCUGAAAUUCACUGUGCCAUUUCUGUAUAAAAACAAAGCUUACAAUAAUUAUAUCGGUAACAUUAUUAUUAUUUUGAAAAAGUGUGAAUACAUAAUUAAUUUUAUUACUUAAGAAAUUUUUUAAAUAAAG